AUGGCCUGGGAAGAUGACUCCGACUCAUAUCCCAUGAACCAUUGCAAUUUCUAUGGCGCAAGUCAAAACGCUUCACUGGAGGAUAUCUUCCUCCAUGUACAAACCCACUUCCCCGAGGCCCGUAUGCUGACACUCGAAGGAGGCCAUUGCAAAAAGCCACCAUUGAUUCGUCACUUCAACAACGAUCCCUAUGGUUGGUCGAAUACGCAGUCUCUCGCCGUCCUCCCGAAUAUUCAAACUUUCGUUAUGCGUGGCGCCUGGAAUAUCAUGCGGGAUUAUCAGCACUGGAAAAAUAUGGCCGAAGCUCUGCCGUCGAUCCGGGAAUGGGACUGCGCAUAUGCGAAACCUAAGAUUGAAGCUUACGAGACGAUUGCUGGGAUUCUGAUUCAGCUGCCUCCGACGCUUGCGCAUGCGAACAUUAGCCUGGAUGGAUUUUACAACAAAGGUCAUGUGCAUAACCUCUGGCCCAGCGAUGAAAUGAACCCGCCACAUCUUUGCAAUUUGCUCGGUGAAGUUGCUCCCCGGCUCGAGUCCCUCACAUUCACCGGCAAGAUCUGCCAUUGUUUCUUCCACGGCAUGGCCAACUUUGCGAAUCGAGCUUCCAUGUCUAGACUCAAGUCUCUGGAUCUGGUAGUCAAGUCCUGCUGCCGAGACCGGCGAUUACAACCAGCGUUUCCCUUCUUUGACGAGGUAUCUGGAAUCACGAAUAUUAAUUUUAUCCGUUCAUUUGAGAAACUUGUCGCCGCUGGCGCGGACUCUCUGGGUGCACAUCGAUCGUUGGAGUACGUCCGUAUCCGAUUCAUCGAUCUGGACUCCGCCUGUCCACUUCUCAACCCUUACUUCCAACUAGUGAACAAUCAGUGCACUGGUAUUUGGAGCGAUCGCAUCCUUGAGAACCUUGCAGAAAGCCGUCCACAAGCUCGUUAUGCCGAGCUUACUGAGGGUAUCUACCCGCAAUACGGGCCUAACCACCAAAUUGUUGGGGCUGUAUUUCCACGGGCCAGGCCGUUUGCUAUCUAUGCCGCCAACUAUCGAAUUAUAGCCGAUGCAACUAAAUUCUAG